CAAGAGUGACAUGUUGUUUGUCCAAUCACUGGUCCAGUAUAAAUUGAAAACGCAGUGACAUAUCCAAAUAUUUUUUUUAACUAACCAUAUCUCUUUACACAGCUGCCGGGCGGGAUUUCCGCGAUAGCUAAUAAUAUGGCGAAGACUUACGAUUACUUGUUCAAAUUACUGUUAAUCGGCGAUUCUGGCGUCGGAAAGACUUGUGUGUUGUUCAGAUUUUCAGAAGAUGCCUUUAACUCAACGUUUAUCUCGACAAUAGGUAUGUGCAUUUUGUAAGUUUUCUGGUUCGAAAAGUUAUGCAGGAGAGGGGUAGCUAGCUCCCGACCCCAACUAGCAAUAUUGGUGGUGAGCGCCCAUCCUAACGAUAGCUAGCAAGAGCUUGUUUGGUUAGCAUUCAGUUCUCCAGCCAGGAAACAACGCCAGGAAACAAUAAUCGGCUUGUCACACUGCUCGCUUGACAAUAAAACCAGCACUUCAGCAUCCCCGGCAUACCUAACAUUGAGAUGUUCAUGAGUUUUUGUAGGCGACGUCACCAGACACCAGCUGAUUCCUUAGCUAACGUUGGCUGUCAAGUGAGCAAGUAGCCUACUCUGACUAACUACACUAUAUAUACAAAAGUAUGUGGACACCCGUUCAAAUGAGUGGAUUCCGCAAUUUCAGCCACACCCGUUGCUGACAGGUGUAUAAAAUCGAGCACACAGCCAUGCAAUCUCCAUAGACAAACACUGGCAGUAGAAUGGCCUUACUGAAGAACUCAGUGACUUUCAACGUGGCACCGUCAUAGGAUGCCACCUUUCCAACAAGCCAGUUCAUCAAAUUUCUGCCCUGUUAGAGCUGCCCUGGUCAACUGUAAGUGCUGUUGUUGUGAAGUGGAAAGGUCUAGGAGCAACAACGGCUCAGCCACAAAGUGAUAGGCUACACAAGCUCAGCGCGUAAAAAUCGUCUGACCUCGGUUGCAACUGAGGUUCCAAACUGCCUCUGGAAGCAACGUCAGCACAAUAACUGUUUGUCGGGAGCUUCAUGAAAUGGUUUUCCAUGGCCGAACAACCGCACACAAGCCUAAGAUCACCAUGCGUAAUGCCAAGCGUCGGCUGGAGUGGUGUAUAGCUCGCCGCUAUUGGACUCUGGAGCAGUGGAAAAGCGUUCUCUGGAGUGAUGAAUCACACUUUACCAUCUGGCAGUACAACGGACGAAUCUGGGUUUGGCGGAUGCCAGGAAAAACGCUACCUGCCACAAUGCAUAGUGCCAACUGUAAAGUUUGGUGGAGGAGGAAUAAUGGUCUGGGGCUGUUUUUCAUGGUUCGGGCUAGACCCCUUAUUUACAGUGAAGGGAAAUCUUAACGCUACCUUAUACAAUGACAUUCUAGACUAUUCUGUGCUUCCAACUUUGUGGCAACAGUUUGGGGUAGGCCCUUUCCUGUUCCAGCAUGACAAUGCCUUCGUGCACAAAGUGAGGUCCAUACAGAAAUUGUUUGUCGAUCGGUGUGGAAGAACUUGACUGGCCUGCACAGAGCCCUGACCUCAACCCCAUCGAACACCUUUGGGAUGAAUUCCAACUUCGACUGUGAGCCAGGCCUAAUCGCCCAACAUCAGUGCCCGACCUCACUAAUGCUCAUGUGGCUGAAUGGAAGCAAGUCCCUGCAGCAAUGUUCCAACAUCUAGUGGAAAACCUUCCCAGAAGAGUGGAGGCUGUUAUAGCAGCAAUGGGGGGACCAACUCUAUAUUAAUGCCCAUGAUUUUGGAAUAAGAUGUUCGACGAGCAUGUGUCCACAUACUUUUGGUCAUGUUGUGUAUCUAGCUAGCUAAUCUAGCAGUGAAGUUCCUACACAGCAAGCAGUCCAAUUUUAGCUGAAAGAGUUUGCUACUUAGUUCAAACCAGUCACUGUUACAUUACAGAAAGGAUAGCUCUAACUACAGGUGUGGUGAGGUUUCCCCUGAUGUUUUGCAGAAAUGUACAUUGAAGUCCUUGACUUCCUGUGUGUGGCUUGCAACAUCAUCUAAAAAGAUGGGCCUCCCUAGCCAGACCCCAGUCACUCUGGACUUUGAGUCAUGCAAAUAAGUACUUGCUAGCUUCCGAGCAAAUGUUGAAUGUAGUCUACUUUUGCCACCUCUGCAUAAACAGUGCUGUACAUCAACGUCAAAUGGUUGUUUCAAGGAUCCUUUGUCAUUUGGAACUCUGUUAGACAACAGUGAAAUAUAAAUACAUUUAAAAUUGUCUCUCUGUUAGGUAUUGACUUCAAAAUUAGAACAAUAGAACUAGACGGGAAGAAGAUCAAGCUACAGAUAUGGUAAGACAGCCCUUUGACUUCUUCACACAAUGUCUCUUAAAUUAUGUCUUGGAAAGAGCACCUUGGGAAUGCUCACAAUUGGCCUAUAAUUCAACAAGUGGGUUGAUUCAGGGAUAGGCAUGAAAGGCUCUCAUUGUGUUGUUCUCUCCCAGGGACACAGCUGGCCAGGAGCGGUUCCGAACAAUCACAACGGCAUACUACAGAGGAGCGAUGGUCAGUCGCCUUGCUUCUCUAUGUCACUCUCACAAUGUCACAAAUGUACUAAGCAUAUGCCUAGCUAGCUAAGAACUUAGUUUGGAUUUAAAAAAUAAUGUUCAGAGACAUUCAUGGCAAUCAGUGCAUCACUAAUAGAUUCCGCACUAGUCUGAGCCUCUCCCUUUAUUGUUGUAAAUGAAGCAGUACAUACCUGAGAUCAUCCAUGGGAGGUGGGUACAAUCGCCCUGGAAUCCUGUUUAGGCCCUUUAUAACAAUUUGCUAUCCUCCCAAGUGUACAGGUUUCUCAGGUUUAACGGGAUUCUAAUAUCUGACAUGCUCUGUUAGUGGUUGUUUACUAUAUGUUUCUGUUUAUUCUUCCUCCCCAGGGCAUCAUGUUAGUCUAUGACAUCACCAACGAGAAGUCAUUUGACAACAUCAAGAACUGGAUAAGGAAUAUAGAGGAGGUAGUCGUCAGAAAUUGUAACAUUUAUAUCUCUGUAGGAGAACAGAAUUGAGUGAAAUUGAAGGUGUUGCAUUUCUCUAUAAAUACUAUGGAUGACUCAUAUCCUCUCGUCCUGUCUAGCAUGCCUCUGCAGAUGUGGAGAAGAUGGUGCUGGGCAACAAGUGUGACGUCAAUGACAAGCGACAGGUGUCCAAAGACAGAGGGGAGAAGGUGGGUGAUCACUGACCAGUAAAUGAAAAGUAUCAUAUCAUAAACUAAAUAACUAAAUAGUGUCUAUACAGUAGAUGUAGAUUUCUGAUUGGGCUAUUGUCCAUGUAGCCACGCAAGGCCACCUGAUCCUGCGUGCUUACAUUAAAACGCUGCAUCCAUGCAGCAUUUUAAUGUGAGCUUGAGGGAUCAGGUGGCUUUGCGAGGCUACAUGGACAGUAGCGCAAUCAGAAAUCUACAUGUUGUCUGAGGUUUUUUGUGUCCCUCUUAUCUCCUGUUGGUAGUUGGCGUUGGAGUAUGGUAUCAAGUUUAUGGAGACCAGUGCAAAGGCCAACAUCAACGUGGAGAAUGUGAGUUGUAGUGGGGUAAAAUGUCAUAAGACUAUGCAAAAUAAUAUGGUCAAAGUCUAUUAAACCGAAUAACUGGAUUUAACAUUAUAGUAAAACCAUUUGCAAUUAUGCGUUUAGCUGACUAAGAUCAAGGAAUGGUCAUGAGAAGAGAAUAUCAAAGCAAGUAUUAUACUUUGUAAAAUGAAUGGAUUCACAUUAGAGGUCUUCACGGGUCCAAAAAGUUGGACCCGUUCCGAAAUGGAUCUGGGGCUUUCCCACCCGGACCCGAUAUGCAUAAAUAAAUGUUUUAAAUAUAGAGACCCGUUCCGAACGGACCCGUGGACAACUAGACCCAUUCCGUAUAGACCUGGUCGGCUCCAGACCCGGUCCGAUCCGAGGUGAGGGAAGCAGCAGAAAAUGAAUUGUUUAUGCUACUUUAUUAACCGGAGCUGAUAAAGCGCGAGAGGAGGGAGAGCGGUGCCGCUCUCGCAGGCAGGGGAGGGGCCGUACUGUGAACGAGUGACACGGUGAAGAGGGAGGGUAGAGACGGCAACCAACCAAGCCGACUCGCGCUAUAGUAGACUAAUGGCUGCUAUAGCUAGUUUAUUUAUCAUCAAAUAUUAUUACGUAGUACCUGUCUUGACUGUAUCAAACCGGGAGAAUCUAGCUAGCUAGCUAGGCUAAUUGCGGUUUCUCAUCCUACAGUUACAAAUAACUCCAUUCAGAAUAUUAAGUAGCAGCCUACCUGUUGGCUCUUGGUCGUUCUAGCCUAUCCACCUUCCGUCAUUGUAAUUACAUCUUCCAUUGAUUAGAUGUCUCCUAACUUUUGACAUGCACGGAGGCUCUAUGACUAGCCUAUUGCUGCUUUGAUGGCUUAUGAUUGGCCAACAACAAAAACAAGCUACACUUGCCAUGCUCCACUCUCGUGAAAAGCAAGAGCAGUAGCAUAAAUGAUAUGUCUCUGUACUGCAGCAGUUGCGUUCGGAUCUGUAUUGGCCCUUCCGGACAAGUCGGUUAAAAUUACCCAUACCAGUGACAAUCAUAUCAGAUCCGACCCAGACCUGUGACAUGAUUUAGAAUUCUGGAUCCAGACCCGCUCGAGUUCGGAUCUCGGGUAUUCGGGUACAAGUGGAUCUGUGAAGACCUCUAAUUCACAUACAAGGCAUACAUCUUAAGUUACAAGGCAAUACUAGAUCCUAAGGUUCACUUACAAGACAAAGCAUGAACAAAGAGAUGUCUACUAGGCCAGAGUCCUAGAAGCCUAGGAAAUUAGAAAAUAUCAUACAACCGUUAUCCACUAUACAGGAUAAGAGGGAGAACAACAGACCUUCAUUUCAUUUAUAACAUCUGAAGGUGUAAAACCAACCACCAUUGACCAAUCAUACAAUACCAAGUUUACAGUAACCUGAUCACCCAUGACAAUGUCUAUAAGGCUUGUGUGAAGGAUGAGACCAAUGUAAAUAAGACAGAAUUCCUGAAGACAAUAAAACCCUUUCGUAUAGAGUAAUUUUAAAGUUCACCCUGUACAGAUACAAGUUACCACAGAGAUCAUACAUCCGUAUAGCUAGCUUCAUUUGCCAUGUAGACCCAGGUGACAGGGAGCACACCGUUUAGGGCCGAGCCUACAGAGUUGACUCAUUCCAAGCAGUUCUAAAACCAAUGGGAGUACAGUAAUUGCUGUGAUGUCACUGUAGGUUAGUGAAAGACGAUGCACAUUGUUUUGUCUCUCUUUGAUUUGAUCUCAGUUUGCCCUGUUUUCCCCCCCUGACAUUUUCAGGCAUUUAUGACCCUUGCCAGAGACAUCAAGGCGAAAAUGGACAAGAAACUGGUAAGUGUGUGUGGUGUAGUAUGUGCACAUCUAUUUUAGAUGGGCUAUAUAUAAUGUGUGUGCGCUCCGCUCUGACUUACAGUGAGUGUAUUUGUGUGUUCCAGGAGGGCAACAGUCCUCAGGGCAGCAGUCAGGGGGUGAAGAUCACAGAACAGCCCAAGAAGAGCAGUUUCUUCCGCUGCACCCUC